GGCAGGGCCGGUGGGGAAGGAUGUUUUCCUCGGUGAAGCCAUACGAGAACCAGCGCUACGCCUCCCUGAAGAAGGAGUGUCAGAGGCGGAAGCAGCUCUUUGAGGACCCGCUUUUCCCUGCCAACGACGACUCGCUGUUUUACAAGUCCAGGAUCCAGGGCAUCCAGUGGAAGCGGCCAAAAGAAAUCUGCAACGAUCCACAUCUCUUUGUGGACGGGAUCAGCUCCCAUGACUUACACCAGGGCCAGGUUGGGAACUGCUGGUUUGUGGCUGCCUGCUCCUCCCUGGCAUCCCGGGAAUCUCUGUGGCAGAAGGUCAUCCCAGACUGGAAGGAGCAGGAGUGGAAUCCCGAGAAACCCGAGAGCUACGUGGGAAUCUUCCACUUCCAGUUCUGGCGUUUCGGUCAGUGGCUGGACGUGGUGAUAGAUGACCGCCUGCCCACACUGCACAACCAGCUCAUCUACUGCCACUCCAACUCCAGGAACGAGUUCUGGUGUGCCUUGGUGGAGAAAGCUUAUGCCAAGUUGUCAGGCUGUUAUGAGGCCCUGGAUGGAGGCAACACAGCUGAUGCCCUGGUAGACUUUACUGGUGGGGUCUCUGAACCUAUUGACCUGACCGAAGGGGACUACAUUGCUGAUGAAGCCAAGAGAAACCUCCUCUUCGAGCGUGUGUUGAAGGUGCACGGCCGGGGAGGCCUCAUCAGCUGCUCCAUCAAAGCGACAUCAGCAGCUGACAUGGAGGCCCGCCUGGACUGCGGACUGGUGAAGGGCCACGCGUACGCAGUGACGGACGUGCGGAAAGUCCGCCUGGGCCAUGGCCUGCUGUCCUUCUUCAAGUCAGAGAAACUGGACAUGAUCCGCAUGCGCAACCCGUGGGGAGAGCGGGAGUGGAACGGCCGUUGGAGUGACACCUCUGAAGAAUGGCAGAAAGUGAGUAAAAGUGAGAGAGAGAAGAUGGGGAUGACAGUAGAAGACGACGGAGAGUUCUGGAUGACCUUCGAAGAUUUCUGCAAAUACUUCACGGACAUCAUCAAGUGCCGUCUCAUCAACACAUCCUACCUGAGCAUCCACAAGACCUGGGAGGAGGCAGUGCUACAUGGGGCAUGGACCAGAAACAAUGACCCCUUGAAGAACCGCUGCGGAGGCUGUAUCAACCACAAGGACACCUUUUUGCAGAACCCCCAAUAUGUGUUUGAUGUGAAGAAAGCAGAAGAUGAAGUGCUGAUCUCCAUCCAGCAGAAGCCAAAAAGGACCAGCCGCAAAGAGGGCAAAGGAGAGAACUUGGCCAUAGGCUUUGAUAUCCAUAAGGUGGAGCUCAACAGGAACUACCGGAUGCACACCCUGCAGCAGAAGGUGGCCAGCUCCAUUUACAUCAACUCCCGCAGCGUCUUCCUGAGGACGGACCUGAAGGAAGGCCGUUACGUCAUCAUCCCCACCACUUUUGACCCUGGUCAUGUAGGCGAGUUCCUUCUCAGGAUUUUCACAGAUGUGCCUUCAGAUUGCCGAGAGCUGACACUGGAUGAGCCAGCACACACCUGCUGGAGUGGGAUGUGUGGUUACCCACAAGUGGUAUCCCAGAUCCAUGUCCUUGCCGCAGCCGGGCUCAAGAAUCAGGACUCCCAAGGAGGAGCUGACCCUUAUGUGAUCAUGAAGUGUGAAGGGCAGAAAGUUCGCUCUCCAGUGAAGAAGAACACGGUGUCUCCAGAGUUUGAUGUGAAAGGGCUCUUCUACCGCAAGAAGCCAGGCCAACCCAUCAUUGUUCAGAUCUGGAACCACAACUUAAUAAGUGACGAGUUCUUGGGCCAAGUGGUGCUCACGGGGGAUCCCGGCGACCGGCAGUCAGUGCACACGCUGCACCUCCAGGACAAGGGGAACAGGAGAUCAAACGAUCUCUCUGGAACCAUCGCUGUGAAGCUGCUCAGCAGUAACAUCCUCACCAACGUCUAAAUACUCAAGGACUCUUCUGGUGCCACAUAUGUGUAUAUAAACAUGCACACAUACAUACGUAUAUAUAUAUAUACACACACACAGCCUACUUACCAUCUGCAAAGUGUAUAUGAACUAUGCAUGCAUUCCACUCAAAGGAGCCAAUCUUGUGUUUUCAAUGUUAAAAAAAUGGUGCCUUUUUGGGGAACCGCAACGAUCCUUCUGCUGGCAUCCUCUGCAGCCCCCAUCGCCGCCGUGUGCCCUGUGGGAUUGCUGCGAGCACGCUGUGUGUCCUGACAGCCAGAGCACGAUGCCCUGAUGCUGUUUGUUUACACGGGCUGGCACACACGUGCCGCCACGCACACGUGUGGCCUCUGCAGUCCCACCAGCCGCUUCAAUGCAUCUUCGAUGUCUCUGCUUGGAUUUAGAGUAGCGUGUGUGAAGUCGUCUCCCGUGAAACUGCCAUUUAAUCGCUUCUCUGUGGAGGCACCUCAGCAAAGGAGAAGUGGAAAAAAAAGAUUGGGGCCUUUUGGAUGUUUUCUGGGUAUGGGUUAGCGUACUGCAACUAGAAGGAAAAUGCACCAAGGCAGUCCCAAAUCCCAAAUCCACAGGGGCAACAAGACUAAUGGCUGCAUCAUUUUAGGGGUGAGCUUUCUCGUCCUGAAUCUUGUUCAACCCCAUGCAAGCGUGAAGGAUACAAAGAUGCCAACAACCAUAGUGGGACAACUGUUCUCUGGGGUCAAGUUUUUGAAUUGGUCUGUACUCAGCUCCUGCAUGUGCCUCUUGAAUGCCGUGGUGCCUGCUGUCUACAUGUCUUCAUGCAGUCCCCAUCCCAAGAGCUCACCCCAGUAGCUGGGGUGGGUUGUCUGCUGGGGCCCUUCAGCGUUUAGAUUAAAGGAGAUCAGUUCCUGUGAAGGCCAAAGCAUCAGGUCCGAGGGAUGGGGAGCUUUGCUCAGUAGGCUUCAUCUUUACUGCUGCAUAAAGUGCAUCAUUUCUCAGUGCCUCGCUUUCCCAAAUUAUUUUAAAAAAUAGUGGGAUUUUAGCUUGUGCUAGAGGAGAAAAGAGGAGCGCUGCUCCCAGUGCAGCUUGAAAAUGCUGGGAAUAUGUAAUUCAUACCAGUGUUCGUCUUUCACCUUUAAUUUCCAGUGUACUGGCCUGGAGGAUGCGUUGCAGAGUGCUGGAGGCAGUCUCACAAGCACAACCCAAACACAUCCUUGGGGCCGUGUCUAGGGCUGUGCUCUGCCCCUGUUCGCCAUGAAGACUGGGUUUAUCUGCCUUAUUCCACUGGGUGGCAGAAUCUGGCUUCUUAUAAACCAUCCCAGAUAAGCCAAACAACAAACCCUAGUCUGGCCUUUCAGCAGCUGAUCAGGGCAGGUUUCAAAACAUUUUUUCUCCUGUUGUUUAGGUGGUUGGGUUUUAUUUAUUCAUGUGCCUUUAAAAAUAGUGCAAGUUAAGGGAUUUUUUUUCUGUCAGAUUUUCUAACAAGCUAAUCUUUUGCAGUCACCUGCAUGCAAAGUGGUGUAAUCUUGGUAAAUUUUGGCCUGAGCAGAGCACUCUGCCUGCAAGGACUAGUGAAGAGAAAAGCCUUCUUUUGCCAUAGUAAGUAGGGUUUCUGCUUGUUCUACUAGAUGCCCAUGUUUGUUCUGCAGGUCUGGUGUUUUGUUUUUUUUUUUAAAGUUCCUAAAGAUCUGCAAAGUCUGUGAUGUGUGAAGAUGUUCCCCUAAGUCACGUUACCUGCCAGGUCAAUUCUUGGUGCGUCCAGAAGCGUAUGGUACAACUUAAUUGAUAUUUUUGGAGGCUGUUUUUCCCUUUUCCUAAUAUUCAGAGUUUACCUGUGGUUGUGAACGGGUUUUUUUUACCAAAUUGCUUAUUUUCUUAGGCCAUUUUUUACAGGACUUAGAGACAAGCAGUGGCCCACAAGAUACUCUUUCCACGUCUCAACUAUUCCUGGCCUGCACUGGGCACCCUCCAGCCCCUGGUGCCAUCACUGGGACCUAGUUUAGUUCAGUAUCUUGCAGAGUUGGCUCAAAUGCUCCUAGUUUGGUAAGGUGACAUUUUGACCCCCAAAGUCAAAGCAAAUCCUUGAAUUUGGGCAGGCCAAUUCAGAGAUAUUUUGAUUUUAUUGUCAUUUUGUUCAUGGGACUCAUCACUGAAAAUAAAUGAAAGCGGUAUUGCGGGGCUAGAAGGCAUGAUUUAAUUCUUAGGAGAUCUCACAGGCUCAUGUUCAGAGUGGUAUGUGAGAGGCACUGUGAUGCCCAAAGAUACCUCACCGGGCAGGGAGGAGAGCUAUUUAGCUAAGGAAGAACAUCACAGGAGCUUUGCACCAUCAUCAUCAGAUGGGGGUAGCCAGCCUGCCUGUAUUAGCCUUGUUUUCUCAGGAAAUCAGGCUACUGAUAGCUUCAGGAUACAAGAGCCAUUUGGCCAGGAGUGCCCUGACAUGUGCCAAACCUCACCGUGAUCCCCAAGGAACGGCGCUGAAGCUUGCCAAGGAGUAGCGGUGCCCUGGUACUCCUGAGCAGCCUCCUUCCUUCCUACAGAGAAUCAAGCCAUAAAGAGAGGAAAGGCAGCUUUUUAACAGAUUCUUUAAAAAAAAAAA